AUGAAUGAUGAUUUUGAAAAUAAUGACUUAUAUAUUUUUGAGCUAAUACGAAAUAUUGAGAAUGAAAUUGAAAAUGAAGCAAGAGAUAUUACUGAUGUUGAUAGUGAUGAAGUUGAAGAUAAAGCUGCUAAUAAAACCGAAGAAGAAACUUCUGAUGAAAUAGAAGAAGAAACUAUAAAUGUUAAAAACAAAAAAAAAAUUAGUAAAAGCAAUUCUACAGUGCGAAUUAAAAAUAAACCCACACCAGAAGGGUACAAAAUACUUUCAUUAUGUGAUUCAGGAUAUACUUAUUGUUUUAUUUUUACUUCCCAUAUUGAAUCUAUUGAAUCUAAUUCUGAAAUUAAUCCAAUCCCAAAUGUUAAUAAAAUUGGUUGGCAGGUUUAUCACCUGAUAUCUCAACUUCCAAAGGGUAAAGCAUUUGAUAUUUACAUGGAUAAUUAUUUUACAAGUAUUAAUCUAUUUAGUCAUAUGCGAAAAAAUGGAUAUGGUGGUUGUGGAACAGAUAUGGUCACAAUAGAUUAUGAUAAUGAUAAAAAACCUCCAAAAAGACUUAAAGAUCAGGGUCCAUCAACUAAAUUAUACUUGGUCAUUGUUGGCCAAAGCAAUGAUAGUAAACAUGGAAAACGCGUUACCACGACUGCAACUUCAACAGAUACUACAACAUCAGCAGGAAUUACAGCACCAACACAAACUGUAGUAUCAACAGAAACUGUAAUGUUAAUAGAAACUUCAACUAUUGCGCUACCUUCGACAACUGGAUAA